UGAACGAGGAGUCGGAGACAUGGACAUGAUGAAAGAGCGCUGACCCCUCUUCUCCUGCUGGAUUCUCCCCGUCCAGGAGGACCAAGGAGGACCGAGGAGGAGGAGGAGGGGGGACCACUAUGGCCGAGCCUCUGCUGAAGAGAACCUUCUCCAGGCUGAGAGGCAAAGACAGAUCCAGGAGGAAGACGGACCCCAAACUGAGCGAUGUUCCAGUAAAGAACGACACUGUGCUCCAGACGCCUUCAUCGUCAUCAUCAUCAUCAUCACCACCGAUGACGACAACAAGACCUCCACCAGCAGCAGACCCUGACCCCCCCUCACCCCCACAUAACCACAUCACAGUUGCUAAGAAACAGUCGUGGGCACGGCAGGGCUCCGUGGCACCGCCCAGCAUCCUGCCCUCAGGUUCUGCCCCCAGACCCUCUGACCGGGAACGACCAUCAGGGACAUCCCAAGAUGCAUCUGGGCAGGCCUGGAGUCAGAGACUAGUACAGCAUAAGACAGAGCAGUGUGGCGACAGGGUGAGUGUUAGUCUGGCCUGGGAUAUGACCAGCACCCCCUGUAUUCCUGUCAGUUCUACGGCAGUCCACCAGGAAGCUCCCGAGCCAGCAGGGGCCCCCCCUGACGUGCCCGCUACCUCUGUCAGCACCAAGUCUGGCCAGCGUGCGUAUCUGCAAAGUCUGGAUCGCAGCAGCCGAGCCUGGGUGCUGUCUUCAGGAAAGAUCCAGGCUUCAGAUGAGGCCUAUAGGCUUCAGGAGGAUAGCGGCAGCAACAUCUGGUACAACCCGAUCCCUGAGGAGGAGGAUGCAGGAGGUCCACACAGAGAGGAGGAGAUAUGGAGGAAGAGGGAUGAGAGCGGGGACGGAGGAGCAUCAAAGAUUCCCGGAGAUAAAAGAGCAGAGCCCGGACGAGUGUGGGUCGGGCUAGCAGAGAGUCGUAGCAGUGACUGUCUACUGGAGGGCGCCAAUCCAAGUGUCAGCCACCAUACUGAUGACAUCACAACAGAAAACACAGACUCCCAGCCUUCAGACUCUAGCCCCGCCUCCCAAAAGAAAGUGGGCGUGUCUGGUAGUGUGAUUGACAGGCUGAGGUCUCCUGGUACAGUGAGGAAACUCUCCCUAAAGAUGAAGAAACUUCCUGAACUGCGCCGCAAACUCAGCCUUCGCUCCUCGUCUCGUGCCCUUCGCCAGGGAAAUGACAGCAGAGGGGGUGGGGAUGAGUCAGCCAGUAAAAAUACAUCAUCGUCAUCUGCCUUGUCCAACCAGAAUGUGAUCAGCAGAUAUCACCUGGAUAGCUCCGCCCCUCCAACCAGACCGCUGCGACGAUCAUCAAGAGGGCGCUCCACCAGUAAAGGAGGUUAUCUUAGUGAUGGGGACUCCCCCGAGCUGCUCCCACGGCAACAGGCCCUUCCCCUUACAACUUCCCAGGAAACGGCAUGCGACGUCAGCUCUUUCCGAUUGUACGUGGGCUCUGAUCCACAACGAUGCAGCCAGCGGGUGACGGGUUUACUGACUGUCCAUCUGAUGGGCCUGGAGGAGAUGAAGACCAGCAGGUCAGAGGACAGUAAGGAGGUCUUCCUGGCCAUCCAGAUCGACGGGGUGACGAGAGCGAGGACUGCCCUCCUGACGCUGCGAGGCUCCGCCCUCUCAUUAAACCACGCCUUCCACCUGGAGCUGGAGAGAGCCCGGCAGCUUCGGAUAGUGGUGUUAACACCAGCCAAUCCACAAGCAGUGGGCGGGUCUAAAUCAGGGACAGAUCAGGGUCAGACUUCAGGUGGUCCAACCAGAAACCGAGUCUGCUGUCUGGGUGGAGUCUCCAUCCCUCCACUCUUUAAAGGGAGUCGAAGUCAGCAGCUCUGUGUGAAGUUGGAGCCCAGAGGUCUUCUUUAUGUCAAACUGUCACUGCAAGAAAAAUGGGACACACAGCCCAGCACUGACACAUCAGUGCCUUCUAAUGUGUUUGGGGUUGAACUUCACCAUCUAGUGGAGAAAGAAGGAUCUGCAUCCCCAGUCCCUCUACUGAUCCAGAAAUGUGUGGCAGAGAUAGAACGAAGAGGACUGAAGGUGGUGGGUCUGUACAGACUGUGUGGUUCUGCUGCGGUGAAGAAGGAGCUCAGGGACUGGUUUGAGAGGAACAGUUCAGCCGUGUGCCUCAGCGAGGACCUCUACCCUGACAUCAACGUCAUUACAGGUAUACUGAAGGACUACCUGCGGGAGCUGCCAUCUCAGCUCAUCACCAGGACUCUGUACCAGGUUGUCAGGGAGGCCAUGACCCUACAACCCCCACCUUCCCCACCUGCAACCCCAGAUCCUCAGAUGGCCCAGAGCACUGUGGAGCUGCUGUCCUGUCUGCCACAUCCAGAGAGGGCCACCCUGUCUCUCCUGCUAGACCACCUCAGCCUGGUGGCGUCCUUCAGCUCGUCCAACAGGAUGACACACCAGAACCUCGCUGUCUGCUUUGGCCCAGUGCUCCUCACCCCAACCCAGGAAGCGUGGAGGGGGGGAGGAGGAGGCGCAGGGAGGGGAGGAAGAGGAGUGGGGAAAGGAUUCGGUCAUGGUGAAGAAAUAGCAAGUGCGGUGGAUUUCAAACGACACAUCGAGGCGCUGCACUACCUGCUGCAGCUGUGGCCAGUGCCGACCCAUCGAGUCCCAGCAGAUGAUCACAUCAAAGUGUCCCCGCCUCCCUCCCCAGCCCUCACCCAUAACCCCCUGCUCCAGCAGCAGCAUCGGAAACCUGCGCUGCGAUUGGCUCUGCCCCAGAACCCAGAGGAGGUGGUGGUGUCACGUCGAGGUCGAGGCGGUCUGGCCCGGCUGGAGAGUCCGCCACCGAUCAAUCGGUACGCCGGAGACUGGAGCGUCUGUGGACGAGAUCUUCUGUCCGGACAGGAGGCUGAUUAUGACGAGGUGGCAGGAAGUGAGAGUGACGGAGGCAGCGGGGAUGAAGAGGAGGAGAAGAAGGAGGCGUGGUCGUCAGGAGGAGGAGAAGGAGGAGGUCUGUAUGUGGAUGAGUUCCUGGAUUUCGACGCUCCAUUUAACUGUCGACUCAGCCUAAAGGACUUCGACACUUUGAUCCACGACCUGGACCGAGAGCUGGCCAAACAGAUCAACAUCUGUCUGUAGGAGGAGGAGGAGGAGGUGGUCUGUUCAUCAGUCAACUUUCUUCUUCUUUAAUUUGAUAUCAACUUCUAAAACUUUCUCACAUUCAGAAGUCAGAGUCUGAAAUAUUUUUUACUUAAUUCCCUGAUUUAAUGCUUUGCUUCAAGGUUCCUCAACAGUCCCAGGAGUAUCAAACAACUACAACUCUGUUACAGCAGACUGACCUCAAAUCAGCUGCUAGUUUGACCUCUGACCUCCUCACGGCUUCCUCUGAUCGCUGAAGCUGAAGAGACUCCAUCAGGAAACCAGACUGAAACCAGCCAAAGAAAAAUAAUCUGCGUAUUUUCUUGUAAAUUGUUGACAUGUCUCUAUUUUCAGAACGACAGUUUUCUCUAAUAAUAACUUUAAAUUCCAUAAAUUCACCUUUAUGAGAUAAAUGUGAUGUGAGAUUUGGAAGUUGGUGAACGUAUGUCCAUCAGCGGGAAGUGAUGAGUUUAACUCAAAGACAAGAUGGAUGCCGUUCUCAAUGUUUCCUGCUGGUCAGCAUGGAGGAUGAGCCCCAGUCUGUGCCAAAAGUCUAAAUCAAACCAGAUUAAUUUAUUUUUCUGAUCCAAAGAUGAGCGCAGCUUCAGAGUUCAUAUGAAGGAGAGGUUUGAGCCACACUGUCGGUUCAUAACCUUAUUAUUAUUAAUGUACAGAUGUUCUGAUGAUAAAGACCUUCUGAAGUCACACAAGUGAAGUGAACUGUGUUGUUCUGGGUAUCAGGGUCGGAUCAUGCCGGAGUGAACCGGGGCUGUUUGCACUGUUGAAGCCAUAUUUUCACUUGCUGUAAGUUUAAGUUGAAGAGCACAACCUGCAGUCAGAGUUCCCCUCACUCCGAUCAGUUGACAUGUGUUUAUAUUUAUUCUCCUUUCUUUGAGAGACCUUUGAAUUUGCUGCGAUGUGACAUCUGCAGAGCUCCUGAAAGGUCCCAGUGGAAAUGUUUUUCUGAACUGUCGCGUUUCCUCACAGGAUCUGAACCUUGUUGUUCUGUCAGAUGUGCAGGAGGAUACUGGAGUUGUGGUUGCAGCUGCUGUCAGACCUCUGGCUUCUUCUGAAAAUAUAGAUCAGAAGGAGUAAAAAAUGAAUUGCCAAAGAACAGAAAAAAGAAAUCCCGCUGUGAUCUUUUCAGGUAUUAAGGUAGUCUCAGCAGAUAGUCAGCUGUUUGUGAUGAAAAGAAGCUUCAGAAAAAUGUUUCAGGGGUCCAUGGCUCCAUAUAAACUCUGACUCCGCUGGCUGUGUUUUAGCAUCAUUAGCAUGUAGCAGUAGCACGUAGGUCGACUGUUUGUAGCUGCUUUUAUCUUUAAAAUGUCAAUGAUGACCUGAAGGGAGAGUAGGAGGAGCUUAACAUACCACGCCCACUGCAUCUGUUUUCAUCUGAACAGACAAUAAAUAUCUGAAGUUUCACAACAUUUUCAAACUAAGAAAGCUCAGGAAGAAAAUCAUGAAGCAUGUUGAGCUGAGCAAACGAACACAAAUCUUGACUUGUGCAGUAACGAUGUUUAGAUUCUGUUCUGUUGUUGGUCGUGUUAAAGCCAUAUUCCUCCAAACGGGUUUGCAGGUAUCUGUCAUUCCUGCAGGUUUCUGUUGGUCCUGCAAGUUAUUGUCACCCCAUGCCAAUAUGAUAACGCUGCAUUUUCAGGACCCCCGCAGUCCUGGGACCACAGUUCUAGGGCCGCAGUUCUUUUGAGACAACGGCAUCUAGUGGAUUGUUGAUGGUAAUGCACAGCAACACGAAGGAUGUUAACGCUGUUAGCUGUAGGGUUAACCGGUCAUCAUGCAUAUAAUGAUCACCCUGUGAUGGUUAGGAGAAUUGGCUUUGGGGCUGUCAAGAGUAACAUAGCUAGCUGGCAGUAUCAAAGAAAGAAAGGGUCCUACAAAUGCAUUUCUGGUCCGAAGAUUGCGAUCCUGAAACUGCAGCCUCUGGUACUGCAGCUACAUAUUAAUCCCCCUCGCAGGUUUCUGUCACCCCUCGUAGGUUUCUGCUGGUCCUGCAGGUUUUUGGCGCCCCUUGCAGGUUUCUGUAGCCCCUCGCAGGUUUCUGCUGGUCCUGCAGGUUUCUGUAGCCCCUCGCAGGUUUCUGCUGGUCCUGCAGGUUUCUGUAGCCCCUCGCAGGUUUCUGUCGCCCCUCUGGUCCUGCAGGUUUCUGUAGCCCCUCGCAGGUUUCUGUCGCCCCUCUGGUCCUGCAGGUUUCUGUAGCCCCUCGCAGGUUUCUGCUGGUCCUGCAGAUUUCUGUAGCCCCUCGCAGGUUUCUACUGGUCCUGCAGGUUUCUGUCGCCCCUCGCAGGUUUCUACUGGUCCUGCAGGUUUCUGUCGCCCCUCGCAGGUUUCUGCUGGUCCUGCAGGUUUCUGUAGCCCCUCGCAGGUUUCUACUGGUCCUGCAGGUUUCUGUAGCCCCUCGCAGGUUUCUGCUGGUACUGCAGGUUUCUGUCGCCCCUCUGGUCCUGCAGGUUUCUGUAGCCCCUCGCAGGUUUCUACUGGUCCUGCAGGUUUCUGUCGCCCCUCUGGUCUUGCAGGUUUCCUGAGCAACAGAAUGAUGUGAGCUGCAGCCGGUCUUCAGUAUUUUCAUGGUACAGAGUUUCUAACUGUGAUGUGUUUGUGAAGCCACAGAACGAAGAAGAUGCCAUACUCAGUGUUAACGAUGAUGUUGUUGUUUUGAUGUUUUCUGUUUGUCGAUAUUUGACAGUAUUAUUUUGUUUUGCACAACUUCAAUAAGCACUUAUGUUUUUUAUUUUGUUUCUAUGCAGAUGAUGUAACCAAAGUGUUGAAGCACAGUUCUUGUUGGAACAGACCUGUCUGUACAACUUAUUAACCUGACCAACUAUUAAACACAUUAUUAUUAUUAUUA